GUCGCACACGCUUUAAACCUCCAACUUCAACCCCCCACCCCUUUUCUCUCUUCUUUCUCUCUCUACCUUACUCUCUGUAACUCUUCUUUCUCCCUCUACCACACUCUCUGUAAUCAGAGUGUUAAGUUUUCUCUCUCUAAAACCGCACCAUGGGAGAAGAAGCUAGGGAAGUCGACUCCUCGGCGACCAGUCCGAGACCUUCAGUGACGAUCGGCUCGUCGCUAAUUUCGAUGAUCAACAAGCUCCAGGAUAUUCUCGCGCCGGUGGUCAGCGACAAGCCGCAGAUUUCGCUGCCUCAAGUGGCGGUCGUGGGAAGCCAGAGCAGCGGGAAGUCGAGCGUCCUCGAAGCCCUCGUCGGACGGGACUUCCUCCCCCGCGGCCGCGACAUCUGCACUCGCCGCCCGCUCGUGCUGAUGCUCGAGUAUCGCGCGGAAGAACCCGGCGAUGAGCACACCGAGUGGGGAGAGUUCCGCCACUUGCCCGGAAAACGCUUCUACGACUUCUCCGCAAUCCGCCGCGAAAUUCAGGCCGAGACGGAUAGGGAGGCCGGAUUGAACAAAGGGGUUUCGGAUAAGCAAAUCCGGCUGAAGAUUACCUCUCCGAAUGUGCUUAAUAUGACACUGGUUGAUUUGCCCGGAAUCACGAAAGUUCCGGUGGGAGAUCAACCGAGAGACAUAGAAGCAAUGAUUAGGAAGAUGAUUAUGGACUAUAUUACACAGCAAAACUGUAUUAUUUUGGCUGUUAGUCCUGCGAAUUCCGAUUUGGCAACCUCCGAUGCGCUUCAGAUGGCUAGAGAAGCCGACCCGAAUGGUUUCCGCACAAUCGGUGUGAUCACCAAGCUUGAUAUAAUGGACAGGGGCACCGAUGCCUGUAACUUUUUGCUUGGGAAAGUUAUUCCACUAAAGCUCGGUUAUGUUGGUGUUGUGAAUCGUAGCCAGGAGGACAUCAAUAAAAACCGUGGGAUUGCUACUGCACUUGCAUACGAGGAGAAAUUCUUCAAUGAGCACCCUGUACUGUGUAUAGGUAACCUCUCGGAUCGUUGUGGCAUGCCCCAGUUAGCAAGGAAGCUGAAUCAGAUUCUGGAGCAGCAUAUCAAAAGGGUUCUCCCUGAUUUGAAGGCUCGGUUGAAUUCUCAAAUGGUUUCUGUUUCCAAAGAACUGCAGGCAUAUGGGCAACCUUUAGAAUCUAAAAUGGCGCAGGGAGUGGUUUUGUUGAACAUUUUAACAAAAUAUUGCGAAGCUUUUGCUGCCAUGUUGGAGGGAAAAAGUCAGGAGAUGUCAACCAAAGAAUUAUCAGGAGGUGCUAGGAUCCACUACAUUCUCCAGUCAAUUUUUGUAAAAACCUUGGAGGGUGUGGAUCCCUGCGACGAUCUAACUGAUGAUGAUAUUCGAACGGCUAUUCAAAAUGCUUCUGGUGCAAAAAAUGCUUUAUUUGUGCCUGAGGUCCCAUUUGAAUUUUUAGUAAGAAGACAAAUUGCUCGGUUGCUAGACCCAAGCUGUCAGUGUCUUCAUUUUGUUUAUGAUGAACUUGUGAAGAUAAGCCGCACUUGCGAGGUAAUUGAGUUGCAAAGGUUUCCAGUAUUGAGAAAGUGUCUGGAUGAAGUCGUGGUAAACUUUUUGCGGGAAGGGGCAAAGCCUGCUCAGAGAAUGAUAGAAAAUCUUAUUGAGAUGGAGGUGGAUUAUAUAAACACUUCGCAUCCACGUUUUAUAGGUGGGAAGAAAGCUUCUGAGCUUGCUAUGCAGCAGUUGAAAGCACAACAGGGAAGUCGUUCUCAGCUGAAUAACGAGAAUCCAGUAUUUUCUGGUUCUACAAGGACUUGGGGUAUUCCGUCUAUAUUUGGGAGUAGGACAUCAGCUGUACAGUCUGGCGGACGUUUUGGUGAACAAAGUCAUUCGGAGUCGAUGCCCUCUACAAUCAAUUUGAGAGAGCCACCGUCCAUCUUAAGGCCAAUUGAAACGACGGACAAUGAGGCAGCGGAAAUUAUUAUAACCAAAUUACUCUUGCAAUCCUAUUAUGACAUUGUCAGAAAGAACAUGCAAGACCUAGUUCCAAAAGCUAUAAUGCACUUUCUGGUCAAUUCUACAAAACAGAACCUUCAGACAGCAUUCAUUCAAAAACUGUACAUAGAGAACAUGUUUGAUGAACUGUUGAAGGAGCACGAUGAACUUGUUUCAAAAAGAAAACGUAAUGAAAAGUUGUUCGAGGUUUUCAAGCAGUCUCUUCAGACACUCGAGAAGGUCGAAUUUGAUGUUUCAUCCCAAACUUCAAGUUUGGGCACUGAUUUUUCGGUUGGACUGCCAAGGAUUCCGAAUACUUUGCCCGGUCUGCACAAAACAUCUGAGAUAAGCCAGUUUACGCACCAUUCGUUUUCCAUGCCAUACACGACUGACACCACAGCUUGAAGAUCAUUUCGACGAGAAGAGCAUGCUUUGUCUGCAUGGCUUGAUAUCAUAUACCGGUUCAUUUGGCGCUUACCCUUAGGGAUUACCAGGCCGUACAGCGUCCUUCUCCUGGAUCCAUUUUUGGCAUAUGGAAGGAUUAAGUUGUAAGAUGAUUGAAGAGUCGGUUCAAAAUUCGAGAAUUAUAUGUGUAGGGAGUUUUGAUGUAUUUCCCUGACCUUCAAUUGUACCAUCUAUAACGAUCGCCGCUGCGAGAGUUUUGUUUGCAA